AUGGCACCGGAAUUUUCGAGUAAUUGGAAGAAGCUCCAGGCGACGUUGAAAGCAGAAUCGAAAGCUAGUACGGAGCGGAAACGGAAAGCGAUUCCUACUGAGCGACAACAAAACUCCAUCGCAAAGCGUAGGAGGUUAGAAGGCAACCCGGUCAAACCGUUCAAAGUCGUACCCAAUCCUUCAAGGGUCGCAAAGAAGAGAAAAAUGGGUAGCGGCGGAAGUGUCGAGGCAGCCGUGCCAUCACCAGAGCAGUUAGAAGCACCUGAAGAUGCGAAGGCACCUUCUGCUUCGCUGGCUCUCUGGGCAGAAGACAAUGAUAUCUCACCGAAAGAUCUCGCCGAGGCAUAUGGAGGAGGUCUGAAGGAUACCACGAUCAAAGGCACAAAGGCAGAUAUAAUCAAUGGAGGCUUGAUUGAGGGCGUCGACAUUGGCAAAUACGUAGGAAUCGAUUGCGAAAUGGUGGGAGUGGGGGAAGGAGGAGCACAGUCUGUCUUAGCCCGAGUCAGUAUUGUCAACUUUCACGGCACGCAGGUGUACGAUUCGUUUGUGAAGCCGAAGGAGUUUGUUACGGACUGGAGGACGUAUGUCAGUGGUGUCUCGCCGAAAAAUAUGACGACCGCGAGGGAUUUCGAAGUCGUUCAGAAGGAGAUUGCGGAAAUAUUGGAGGGGAGAGUUUUGAUUGGACAUGCGAUCAAGAAUGAUUUGGCAGCCAUGAUGUUGGGCCAUCCAAGGAAAGACAUUAGAGAUACGUCGCGGUAUUCAGGGUUCAGGAAGUACAAUGGAGGAAGGACGCCGAGUCUGAGGAAGCUGGCUAAGGAGUUAUUGGGGGUGGACAUCCAGGGAGGAGAACAUUCAAGUAUCGAGGAUGCUCGAGCUACAAUGUUGCUGUUCAGAAGACACAAGUCAGGCUUCGAUGUCGAGCAUGCUCAACGGUAUCCAACAGCAACACCUGGACCAAAGAAACCUAAAGGACAAAAGAAGAAGAAAGGCAAACGUUGA